AUUGUUUUUGAGAGCAGCAAGUAGACGUCACUUUAAGGGUCAAGACUUGGCACUAAAGCCAAGAGACCAAAAAGACCGAAACAAUGAUUGUGAUGGAGUCAUUCAAGUGUGUGAGUGAGUGAAAGUCUCUUCUAAGCUUACAUUACAUAGUUUCAAGGCACAAGAAGAAAACAUGCACACCUUCUCAUCCUAUCCAAUUUUCAAGGUAAGUGGAUUGUUGUUCUAAGUGUUAAGCUUUGAGCUAGUGUGGAAAACAAUGAAUUGCUUAUGCGAGAAAGACUCUGCUCUAUUUUCUUCUCAUUCAACAUCCCCCUUUGUUCCUGGAUGCCCAGCAUGGGGGGCUUCUGAAUCUGAAGUCAAACAAUCUUCUAUGUCCACAAGUUUGAGCUUCAAAGUGGAUGUUAUGCUUAUGCCACCACAACACCACAAGAGCAAGACACCGAGUUUUCAAUUCCAAGAACAGGAUUCAUCUUCAACUCAAUCCACUGAUCAAUCUUAUCCGGAAGUUGGUUCAGCACAAUCCGGUCAAAUUUCUGUCUAUCAUAGUUCAAUUGGUUCAACACUUGGUAGUACUGGAGAAAAGAGUAUGGGAUGUGCCAUCAGGUCAUUUAUGGGGAGUCAGGAUUUCACCUUCCCUCCUCCACAACUGAAUCAUAGCCAAUCACUUGCUCAUCUUGCAUUUCACUAUGCUGACUCAUGCUAUACUGGCCAAAUGGCUGCUGCAUAUGGUCCAAAGUCAAAGCCAGUGGAACCUGCUCCUGUUCGAAUUCCUCUGCCACUGGAUGUUACAGAAGAACCCAUAUAUGUGAAUUCAAAGCAGUACCAUGCUAUUCUGAGGCGAAGACAGUAUCGAGCAAAACUUGAAGCGCAUAGCAAACCCCUCAAGGAUCGAAAACCUUAUCUUCAUGAGUCGCGCCAUCUACAUGCAAUAAAGAGAGCUAGAGGCGCUGGUGGUCGUUUUCUCAACACUAAAAAGCUCCAACAAUCAAAGCUUACUUCAGCAAAUCACUGCCUCACUCGCAUGAAUUUGAGUGCAGAAUCUAAAAUGCAUCAAAUGGAACAAAACUACAUGAAUGGUGCUGAUCAUGUCACAUAUGCUGCAAGGGAUAUGAAGAAUUAUACAGCAGAUAAGGAUGGUGGCACCACUCAGCACCAUCUAUCUGUCUACAUGUGAUGUGACUUGUUGGACACACAAUUUUUCUUGUGUUGUUCCACUGGGUAGUCAUCCUUGGCUCAUAUUUAAUAUGUCGUUGUUAUUCUUGUUUCUUUUGAUUUUCCUUCAUGGACCUAUUGUAUACCCUAAAGUUGUUUGAAACUGACUCGUCAUAAACAAUGUUUUUUCCAAGUUAAUGCCAUAUCUGCAACAUGUUUUGUUGAAA